GUCUGCUUGUCUGCUUGUCUGCUUCGCUCGCUCGCUGCCGCUGUUCGUGUCUCGCACUUCCCCUCCCCACUUACCGCAGUUGCAGCCAUGGCUUCGCGGCAGCGAAGGGACAUGCGGUGGGAGCUGCAGCAGUGCUUGGCUUCCUACAUGCGAUACUUACUUAAAGCAAGACACAGUCGAGACCGAGGCAUAUCGCUGUGCAGAGCACUCACUCAUUUGUCAUUGCUAUCAAUGGAAUGGCCCAUCCGCGCCCCAGAUGACCUGACCUGCGUUCCAGGCUUGGGAUCAACCUGGGUAUCUGUGGCCAAGGGUCAGCUGAAGAAGCGCAAGUACAAGCCGCCUUCAAGUGACGACAAGCCGUUUGUGCUGGCGGCUCCAGCAAUGCUGGUUGCGCUGUUGGAGGCGCAGGAGGAAGGGAUUGCAGGGACAGAUGAAGACGCCAACUACAUUGUCGAAGGGGACACAGUGCUGGUGCCCGUCAAAGAGAUUGUGCGACGCGCAGCACCGUUGUGCGACGAGCACAUGCCAGAUCUCACGCAACUGCCGAACAUUACGCAACUCCCAGCCAAGCGUGCAAAGCGGAGUGAUCCGACCCAAGACGAUGCGUUGCUCACAGCAUCCACGGCGCUGCGGCGGCUGGACAAUCUCGUGUCGAUGGGAUAUGUGAAGCGACGGCAGCGGCGCAGCCAACCCGUGUAUCACUUGACGGAGCUUGGAAUGCGGGGUACGCGCGUGCUCAACGCAAAGGGUGUCUACACCACGCAAUUGCUCGGCGCCACGGCCUUACGCGAGAAACUCAGACAUCUUCGCACACGCACUGCGGGCCAGUCCUCCAUCGUGUCGCCCCACUCAACCGCAGCUUCCGCCGCCACCACCACGUCCGACCGCACAUCCACUCCUGGCGACACCGCAAGCACCCCCGUCCACUCAUCUGCCCACCGUUCAAUCCCGCCGUCACGCCAGCCCCGAGGCCACCUCCACGGCAACGACACGCCCCAGCGGCGCCCUGCCGUUGUGCUGCUGGUCGACUCGCGCGAGGGCGGUGGGCGGUACCACCUGCUGAAGGAGAUGUGCGCAGCGCUGGAUCGCACCGGCGUCACGUUUAGAACGGAGGCACUGGCACUCGGCGACUACGGGUGGAAGUACCGUGGGCAAGAUGGCGGCGAGUCGAUGCUGCCUGUCCUUGUGGAGCGAAAACGCUUGGACGACCUCAGUGACAGUCUCGUUGACGGCCGAUUCGUGUCGCAGUGCACCCGUAUGAUGCAAUCGCGUGAUGCCUUUCCAAGCACACAACUCCAUUACAUUGUGGAGGGGACGUACAGUGGAUUUCGUGUCGGCACGUGCUGUGCGCGCGGGUGCAUCAGCAAACAUGGCCAGGCAACCGAGUCCGAAAUCGAAGCGAAACUGCAAGAGUUGCGCGACGAGAAGUUUACGGUGCACCGCACAACGUCAUUCCUGGAGACUGUGCACGUGCUGGCCACGCUCCACACGCAGCUCGUGUCAGAGCACAUACCGCCGAUGGCAGCAGCAGAAUCAGCUACAGGGACAGGGAUUACCAGCGCCCACAACGCAUACAACGAACCAGUCGUGAUUGACCUGACUGAUGAUGAUGGUGGUGAUGAUGACAACAGUUUUCGCUUUGGUGAUAACAAUGACGAUGAUGAUGAUGAUGAUGAUGAUGGGUGGGGCGAUGAAAGUGUAAUGGAAGCAGUUGCAGCGGAGAGCAGCGUUGUUGGAGUGAAUGACUCGUUGUCUUAUGUCCAUCACGAUGCACGAGAACACCAUCGUGAUGACAAUUGGCACAACGACAGCGUCAAUGCUUAUGCGAAUGAUGAUGCUGAUGAUGAUGAUGCUGAUGAUGAUGAUGAUGAUGAUGAUGAUGAUUUGGUCGUGCUGGAAGAAGUGCAGACCUCUCACAGCCACGACAUCUUCGCACAGUUUGGAAGUACGCGAAAGCUCUCAUAG